AUGAAAGAUUUAGAGGUCAGUAUGAUAUCUGAAGAAACAAAUGGUGUUAGUGAUUGGCACUUGGAGCUUCUUAACGAUUAUGCUUCUAUAGUUGAAGAUGAUGAAUAUUUACUUCAAGACCCUCAACAUGAACCCUUGACUGAUCAAGUCAAUAAUAUUGAUGAGUGUUUUCCAUUUGAAGGGCAAAUAUUUAACAGUGAUUAUGAAGCUUAUGAAUUUUAUCGUUUAUUUGCACGAAAAAAUCGAUUUUCAAUUAGGCGUGAUCACAUUUACAAAUCUGUUAAACACGAGUCUGAGAUGAAUCCAUCGGGUAUUUAUAAAAGGGAAUUUGUUUGUCAUCGUGGUGGUAUUGUUAAACACCGCAAAACUAAUGAAGUGGACUGCCAAAGAAACCGAAAAUCUUCAAGAUGUAAUUGUAGUGCAAAGAUGCUGGUUGCUAUCAGUACAAUUGGCGUCGAGGAAAAAUGGGUGGUUAAGUAUUUCAACAAUGAUCACAACCAUGAGUUAUUGGAUGACAAAGAGGUUCAAUUUCUUCCUGCCUAUCGUAGCAUCCCAAUUGUUGAUCAAAGUCGUAUAAUGUUGUUGUCGAAAGCCGGUUGCUCUAUAAGUCUUAUCAUGAGAGUGCUUGAAUUAGAGAAAGAAAUAUGUACAGGCAAUCUACCAUUUCUAGAGAAGGAUAUUAGAAAUUUUAUUCAAUCUCAGAGUGGUAUUGGUAAAGAAAGUGAUGCUUCAGAUGUUCUUAAAUUGUGCAAAAGUUUGAAAGAUAUAGAUGACGCAUUCAAAUAUGAAUUUACAAUUGAUGAAAGUAACAAAUUGGAGCAUAUUAUUUGGGCAUUUGGUGAUUCAAUUCGAGCAUAUGAAGCUUUCGGAGAUGUUGUAGUUUUUGAUACCACAUAUAGAAUAAAUCGUUAUGAUAUGCCACUUGGGAUAUGGGUUGGUGUUGAUAACCAUGGAAAUACAAUUUUCUUUGGUUGUACUUUCCUAGCUUUUGUUGAAGGAAAAUAUCCAAAAACUAUUCUUACGGAUCAAGAUCCCGCACUUAAAGAAGCCAUUGCAAUGGAAUUGCCAAAUACGAAACAUGCAUUUUGCAUAUGGCAUAUUGUAGCAAAGUUGUCAAGUUGGUUUUCUUUUCCUCUAGGUUCGAGAUAUAACGACUUUAAACAUGAGUUUCAUAAGGUGUAUCAUUUAGAAUGUGCGGAUGAUUUUGAACGAGAAUGGAACUUAAUGGUUGCUCGGUUUGGUCUAACUUAUUUGAAAGACUUUUUUUUUGCCGGGAUGACGACAACAGGACGCUCAGAAUCAAUAAACUCGUAUAUUAAAAGAUUCUUAGAUGUUGGUGUUGCAGUCAAAAUUAGAAAUCAAGCUGGAGAAGAGGCAAGAAUGCGUCAAAAGUAUCACAAUCUUGAAAUUAGAACAUGUUUUCCUAUUGAGGAACAUGCUGCAUCUAUUCUCACACCAUAUGCCUUUGGGUUGCUGCAACAUGAGAUUGAAUUAGCUACAAAAUAUGCAGCAACUGAAACUGAUAAUGGCAAUUAUAUUGUGCAACAUCAUACCAAAGUUGAUGGUGGUCGUCUAGUAAGUUGGACAGUAGAAGAAGAGUUAAUUAAUUGCUCUUGCAAAGAAUUUCAGUUUUCAGGAAUAUUGUGCAGACAUGCUAUUCGAGUGUUAAUGGUGAAAAAUUAUUUUUCCCUUCCGUCAAAGUAUCUUCCUUUUCGAUGGAGACGAGAAAGUUCAUUGAUCCCAAAUUCUAGUCAUGUAGUCAACAACAAUAGUGGCUCAUCUGGAAAGUUUCAAUCUCUAAUUCAAUGUUUGUUAGUUGAAUCCUUAAAGACAAAAGAACGAGAGCAAGUAGCAGCCACAAAACUAGAAAAAGUCAUCCGAGAGCUAAAAAGUAUGCCUGAAAAUCAAGAACAUGAGAUGCAUUUGGAACCUGAUGUUCCAAAUCAUGAUGGUUGUGAUGUUGAAAAUCCCAUUCCCUCAAAAUCCAAAGGUCGGCCAAAAGGAUCAAGACCAAAAGGAGGAGUUGAAGUUGCAAAGAAGCCACGUCGUUGCCAUGUUCCAAAUUGUGGUGAAUUUAAUCACGACACACGAAAUUGUCCAAACAAAAAGAAAAAUCUCGAAUUGCCUUCUCAAUCUCCUAAUAAGUAA